AUGGCUCCACACGAGGACACGAUGUUCCGGUCCGCGGACAUGAGCAUGGUGCAGCUCUACGUCGCCAAAGAAAUCGGCCGGGAAGUUGUUAACGCAUUGGGAGAGCUUGGAAACGUACAGUUUAGAGAUCUCAACUCGGAAGUCACUGCUUUUCAGCGCACAUUUACUCAGGAAAUAAGACGGCUUGACAAUGUCGAGAGAAAAUUGCGCUUCUUUCACUUGCAGAUGGAAAAGGCUGGAAUUCCUCUCCGCAAGAUAGAUUUCGACGUCGACACAUUUGCAGCUCCCUCCGCAUCCGAAAUCGACGAACUUUCCGACCGAAGCCAGAGCUUGGAGCAACGGGUUGCUUCCUUGAACGACAGCUACGAAACAUUAAAGAAGAGGGAGGUUGAGCUGAUUGAAUGGAGAUGUGUUCUUAGGGACGCAGGAGAAUUCUUCGACAGGGCACACGGGAAUGUGGAUGAAAUCCGGCCCUCCACAGAGGAUGAUGAUGCACCCUUGCUCCAAGACGUCGAGCAUGAUGUACCUGGUCAGAAUGGCGAUGCAGAACGUUCAUUUUCAGGCAUGAAUAUUGGGUUUGUGGCGGGCGUUAUCCCCAGGGACCGAGUUGCUGCCUUCGAACGCAUUCUGUGGCGUACUCUUCGAGGCAAUCUUUACAUGAAUCAGUCGGAGAUUUCUGAACCAUUGGUUGACCCUACGAAUAAUGAGCCGGUCAAGAAGAACGUUUUCCUAAUCUUCGCCCAUGGCAAGGAGAUUAUUGCGAAGAUUCGAAAGAUCUCGGAAUCACUUGGUGCCGAUUUAUAUAGCGUCGAUGAGAACAGUGACCUGCGUCGCGAUCAAAUCCAUGAGGUCAACAACCGCCUGGCCGACCUUGGAAGUGUCCUAAGAAACACAAAAACUACCCUGGAUGCGGAGCUCACCCAGAUUGCGCAGAGCUUGGCAGCGUGGAUGGUUGUCAUAAAGAAAGAGAAGGCGGCAUACCAGACCCUUAACCUGUUCUCGUAUGAUCAGGCCAGAAAGACUCUGAUUGCCGAGGCGUGGUGCCCUACAAAUUCUCUCCCUUUGAUCAAGUCUACCCUGCACGACGUGAACAACAGGGCUGGGCUCUCAGUGCCUUCAAUUAUCAAUGAGAUCAGGACAAACAAGACGCCGCCAACGUACCAGAAGACCAACAGGUUCACGGAGGGUUUCCAAACAAUUAUUAAUGCUUACGGAACCGCCAAAUACCAGGAAGUCAAUCCGGGCCUACCGACCAUCAUUACCUUCCCAUUCUUAUUCGCUGUCAUGUUCGGUGAUUUUGGCCACGGCUUUCUCAUGGUCUGUGCAGCCGUGGCAAUGAUCUACUGGGAGAAGAAGUUGAAAAAGGUUCGCGAUGAGCUUUUUCAAAUGGCAUUCUAUGGGCGUUAUAUAAUGCUCAUGAUGGGUAUCUUCUCUAUGUACACGGGUCUAAUCUACAACGACGUUUUCUCGAAAUCAAUGUCGAUUUUCCCUAGCGCAUGGGAAUGGGAUGUUCCCGAAGGCUGGGAAGAGGGGCACGUAGUCGAGGCACAGCUAAAAGGCAGCUACCGCUACCCAUUUGGAUUGGAUUGGAUGUGGCACGGCACGGAGAAUGAUCUUUUGUUCGCCAACAGCUACAAGAUGAAGCUUAGCAUUUUGAUGGGUUGGACCCAUAUGACCUACUCAUUGUGCCUAUCAUACAUCAACGCUCGCCACUUCAAGACGCCGAUCGACAUCUGGGGUGUGUUUGUUCCGAGUAUGAUAUUUUUCCAGUCUAUCUUUGGAUACCUCGUUUUCGCCAUCGUCUACAAAUGGUCAAUUGACUGGUAUGCGAUCGGACAAUCGCCUCCUGGUCUGUUGAACAUGUUGAUUUACAUGUUCUUAUCCCCUGGUAAAAUUGAGGAUCCACUGUAUCGUGGCCAGGGACCCGUACAGAUCAUCCUUGUGCUGCUUGCCCUUGUCCAGGUCCCGAUAUUGCUCUUCUUGAAGCCGUUCUACCUCCGAUGGGAACACAACAGGGCCCGUGCAAAGGGUUACAGAGGCAUUGGUGAAACUUCUCGAGUGAGUGCACUUGACGGAGAAGAUGAUGAUAACAACACGUUGGACGGCAGAGCCAGUUUGUCCAGUGAGCACGAGGGCAUCGCUAUGAUCACACAGGAUAUCGGCGAGGACGAGCAUGAAGAGUUCGACUUCGGCGAAGUUAUGAUACAUCAAGUUAUUCAUACGAUCGAAUUUUGUUUGAAUUGCGUUUCCCAUACGGCGUCCUACCUCCGUUUGUGGGCCCUCUCCCUUGCACAUCAGCAGCUCUCUGUGGUGCUGUGGACAAUGACACUAGCCAAUGGCCUGAGCAGUACUGGUCCAAUGGGCGUUGUAAUGCUUGUCAUCACUUUCUAUAUGUGGUUUUUCCUAACCAUUGCGGUAUUGGUCGCCAUGGAGGGUACCAGUGCGAUGUUGCACAGUUUGCGUCUGCACUGGGUGGAGGCUAUGAGCAAGCACUUCAUGGGUGAAGGGCUACCUUUCCAGCCAUUUUCAUUUAAGCAGAUAUUGGAGGAUGACGAAUCGGCAGCUGAUAUUAGCUAA